GCUGAGAUAAAGGCUCGCCAGACGUGGAAAGUUGCAGGCCAAAAGUUUGAGCUGAAGAAAAGAGAAGAAGAAAAGAGGAAAAAUGGAGGAAGUUUAAGCUGUGGAGCCCUUCCCCUGAAGGCAAGCUGGCCUGCCAUCUGUGCAGGCUCUCUAGCCAUAGCCACCACCCCUGGAAGAGAGAGAGGAGAGAGGCAGCCAGGGAAGGAAGGAGGGAGGGAGGCAGGGAGGGAGGGAAGGAUGGAGGGAAAGAAGGAGAUACUGACUAGGAACAGGACAGAGGAAGGAAUGGAGGACAAAUGGAUGGACAAAGACAGAGGCGCCUUGUGA